UAUUUAUUUGUUUAUUAUUAUUAUUUUUCCGAAUAAAACAAUAAAGUUAAAACCAACACAAGUACACCACACCUCUGUUCUCUGUCGGUAUAUACAUACAUUACAUAUAAAUCUUCCCGAAGAAUUUUCCGUUACAUUCCUUCUUCUAAACUUCUUUAACCUUAAUCAUCAUCUUAUUAACAGAAAAUUAAAACAGAAAAAAAAAAAAAAACAGAAAAAAAAAAUGGAUUCUUUAGAUCAACGGCGCAAGAGAAAGCGCAGCUUCAGACAAUACCCUAAUCUACAAUUGUUAUUGUCUGUAAGAUCUCUGCUAAUAUGUUUCAGCUUCUUAAUUUUUCUCUAUCUUUUUUCCUACACAAACCCCUUUUCUUCCAUCCCUGUUUUUCGCCCUGUUUUGGUGGUUUCCAGUUUAUCUCUUCUGUCAACUUCCAUUUCAACAACGGUUAAAUCUGUUCAAGAUUCCGAUUCUUUAAAAUCACCGCCGUUGAAAAUCGAGAGCCGGGUUUUGUUCCCCGACCAUGUUUUGCUGCUUGUGGGCGGUGGGAGCAAAAACAGGUUCUUGAAGAAUGAGUUCGAGUGUGUUUAUAAUCAUGUUAAAAAUGGCGGUUUUGGUAAGAAAAAGGUGGUUUCUUUUGAUGAGUACGAUGAAUUCAGAUCGGUUUUGAGGUGCCCACUUCCAUCUCUGAACUAUUCAAACGCUGUCAAGUUGCAGAGGGUGGAUAAAAAUCGAGUCUUGGCUGAAAAAAGUAAUGGGUUUUUGAGGAGGAAUCAGACAGUUAAAUCAUGGGAAAACAUUGCGUACGAAGCUGCACUUGAUGGUGACACUGACACAGCUGUUGUGUUUGUGAAGGGACUUAAUUUAAGGCCCGGCAGAGAAUCCGACCCGAGUCAAUUCAGUUGCCAUUUCGGGUUCGGGCAUAAAAAUCCGAUCUUUACGCUGUCGACAAAAGCUCUAGCCGUUGCACAAGAAGUCGUGAGGUGUCCAUUUCCGGAGAGCAUCGAACGGAGUCUCGAGAAGGGAAUCCGUGUGACCGUUGGAUUCAAUCGGGCCCACAAGCCCGUUCUCGUGCCUUCCGUGGCCAAGAUUUUCCGACCGGCCCCCACUUUUUUGAGUGCGGAAAAACACGACCUUUGCGUGUGUACGAUGGUGUGGAAUCAAGCUUCGGCUAUGCGCGAGUGGAUUAAGUACCAUUCGUGGCUCGGAGUAGAGAAGUGGUUUAUUUACGAUAAUAACAGCGAAGACGGAAUCGAAGGGAUCGUUCAAGAACUCAAUCAAGAAAACCACAACGUGACUCGAUUUUUAUGGCCGUGGAUCAAAACUCAAGAAGCUGGAUUUUCCCACUGCGCCCUCAAAGCGAAGAGUCAAUGCAAUUGGGUUUCGUUUAUGGAUGUAGACGAAUAUUUCUACUUCCCAUAUUCGACCCCUAAACACCAACAGUUCCGAUCGUUAGGCCACGCUCCACAAAAUUCUCUGCGUGAUUUAGUGUCCAAUUUUUCAAGAACAAAUAUCGGAGAAAUCAGAACUUCGUGCCACAGUUUCGGACCAUCAGGGCUCGAUGCACCGCCACCACAGGGGGUUACGGUGGGGUACACAUGUAGGCUACAAAGUCCCGAGAGGCACAAAUCGAUCGUGAGGCCCGAUGCGCUGGAUUCCACCCUUCUGAAUGUGGUGCACCAUUUUCGACUUCGGGAAGGGUUCGAGUACUUGAAUUUGCCGCAGAGUGCUGCUGUGAUAAAUCACUAUAAAUACCAAGUGUGGGGGGUUUUUAGAGCCAAGUUUUAUAGGAGAGUGGCAACUUACGUGGCGGAUUGGAGAGAGAAUCAAAAUGAAGGGUCGAGAGAUAGAGCGCCCGGAUUGGGUACUAAGGCGAUCGAGCCUUCUGAUUGGUCGAAGAAGUUUUGUGAGGUGUGGGAUACUGGGCUUAGAGACUUUGUUUUGUCGAAUUUUGUCGAUUUUUCGACUAAUUCGCUGCCGUGGGAGAAGCGUUCUGAUUAAUACUGCUCGUUGUAAAGGAGAAAAAAAAAUCACACGAAUAGUUAUUCAUUUAUUGAUUAAUACAAUUCACAAACUAUCUCUGUUUCUUCA